CGCCGCGGGUGCGCGUUGCCCGGAGCCGGGUCGGGCGUUUGAGAACUUUCAGCGCGUGGCGGCUGCCGCCGGCUCAACGCUUCCGCAGGUGCUGGGACUGCUAACCUCUGGUUCAGCUCCAAGGCUGUGCAUGGGGACGUGGCUGAAGCACAGCUCCCAGCGCUGGCGUGGAACGCAGCGUAUGACGUGGGAUGCAUGCCUUUGCUUCCAUGUUGGAUUUUAGCUCUGGGAGUUUGGUGCAUCUCAGCAGCGGCGUUCUUUCUUUAGCGCUUCAGCUGGAAAGGAAGCAAAGCGAUGAGGAGAUUUGUUUACUGCAAGGUGGUGCUGGCCACUUCUCUCAUGUGGGUGCUUGUGGACGUCUUCUUACUUCUGUACUUCAGUGAAUGUAAUAAAUGCGAUGACAAGAAGGAGAGGUCCCUGCUGCCUGCUCUGAGGGCUGUCAUUUCCAGAAACCAAGAAGGACCCGGUGAGAUGGGGAAGGCGGUGCUCAUUCCAAAAGACGACCAGGAGAAGAUGAAAGAGCUGUUUAAAAUCAACCAGUUUAACCUUAUGGCCAGUGACCUGAUUGCUCUGAACAGAAGCUUGCCAGAUGUGAGGCUGGAUGGGUGCAAGACCAAAGUGUACCCUGACGAGCUCCCAAACACCAGUGUGGUCAUCGUGUUCCACAACGAGGCCUGGAGCACCCUGCUGCGCACUGUGCACAGCGUGGUCGCCCGCUCCCCGCGCCGCCUGCUUGCCGAGAUCAUCCUGGUGGACGAUGCCAGCGAGAGGGAAUUUCUGAAGGCCUCCUUGGAGAACUAUGUGAAGAAGCUGGAGGUCCCAGUGAAGAUCCUCCGGAUGGAGCAGCGGUCAGGGCUGAUCCGUGCAAGGCUGCGGGGGGCAGCAGCUGCCCGGGGGCAGGUGGUCACCUUCCUGGAUGCACACUGUGAGUGCACCCGUGGCUGGCUGGAGCCAUUGCUGGCCAGGAUCCGGGAGGACAGGAGGACUGUUGUGUGCCCCAUCAUCGACGUGAUCAGUGAUGACACGUUUGAGUACAUGGCUGGGUCAGAUAUGACUUAUGGAGGCUUCAACUGGAAGCUGAACUUCCGCUGGUAUCCCGUGCCCCAGAGGGAGAUGGACAGGAGGAAGGGGGACAGGACCUUGCCUGUAAGGACCCCUACUAUGGCUGGUGGCCUAUUUUCUAUUGACAGAAACUACUUUGAAGAGAUAGGAUCUUACGAUGCAGGAAUGGAUAUCUGGGGUGGAGAGAAUCUUGAAAUGUCUUUUAGGGUUUGGCAGUGUGGUGGCUCCCUUGAGAUUGUCACAUGCUCACACGUUGGCCACGUCUUCCGUAAAGCAACCCCUUACACCUUCCCUGGUGGCACAGGACAUGUCAUCAACAAGAACAACAGGAGGCUGGCAGAGGUCUGGAUGGAUGAGUUUAAAGACUUCUUCUAUAUAAUAUCCCCAGGUGUUGUGAAGGUGGAUUACGGCGAUGUGUCGGCCAGGAAAGCGCUGAGGGAAGCCCUGAAGUGCAAACCCUUCUCGUGGUACCUGGAGAACAUCUACCCCGACUCGCAGAUCCCGCGGCGCUACUACUCACUGGGAGAGAUCAGGAACGUUGACACCAACCAGUGUUUGGACAACAUGGGCCGCAAGGAAAACGAGAAAGUGGGCAUCUUCAACUGCCAUGGCAUGGGAGGGAACCAGGUGUUUUCCUACACGGCAGACAAGGAGAUCCGCACGGAUGAUCUGUGCCUGGACGUGUCGCGGCUCAACGGCCCUGUGACCAUGCUCAAGUGCCACCACAUGCGAGGAAACCAGCUCUGGGAGUACGAUGCUGAGAAGCUCACCCUGAGGCAUGUCAACAGCAACCAGUGCCUGGACGGGCCGUCGGAGGAGGACAAGCUGGUCCCUAGCAUGAAGGAGUGUGCGGGCGGCCGGUCCCAGCAGUGGCUGCUGCGCAACAUGACGCUGGGGGCCUGACGGCCCGGCCCCGCGGCUCCUGCCGACACGCAGCCCUCGGGGCUGCUGGAAACCUCUCACCCACAGGAGGCCCCGGCCCCGCUGGAAACCACAGCCCUGUCGGAGGCCUCGCGCCCGCAGGAGGCCCGCCGACCGACGGAGCCGUGCUGUGUUGUUCUCCAGCAGGGCUCCACGUGCCCCCUUCAAACCCGUGACUGCUCAAAAGAUGUGCAUCGGAGCUUAUAAAUAUCAAAACCCGCGCCGUUAGCAACGCGAAUGUCCUCGGUGACUGUUUCAAGAGAAACCUUUGUGAAGUUUGGUGGGAGAGGUUGGGUGCAGUGUGUUGGUGUGUGUGUGGUACAUGGUGCUGCAGAGCAGUGGCACGGCACGAAAUGCCUUACGGAGCUGACGGCGCUGGGAACAACGGCCAGUGGUUCUGCAGCCUCCACGCGUUGGUACCUGGCUUUCCUGGCAGGGCGAUGGGAUGUUGGCAGUGGGGAAGACCUGCACUCGACGGGCCACUGAGGUGGUGUGCAGAGUUUGUGAUGUCAAGAGACAGCGGCAUAGCCACGUGUGUGUGUUUGAAACAGCAGCAGGACGGAGCGUGUUCAUAAACUGAAAUUGAAUGGAACAACAAAAGAGACGUUGGAACAGUCCUAAGAAGGAGUGACACGCGUUGAAAUCUGCAGUAGGAAGACUGGGUCAGGGCUAGGGCCUGCAACCUCACACCUGGCAGACAAAGGGUUUUUGCUGCUUCCACUGAAUUGAUCCUCUGUGAGAAACAGAGGCCAGGUGUCAGGCUGGACCCAACCUGCAGCUGCUUUUGAGCAUCACUGUGUCCCUGCAUCCUAUGUGAAACGCAGUCAGGAGCGUUCCUCCUGGGAUCCCCUGUCACAGUGGGUAAAACCAUGGGUCGGGUCCAGCUCCAAUAGAGAUGGCAGAUGCUUAUUUAUAUUUUUAAUAAUUUUGUGGCUUAAUCAUUUUGCUUUGUUAGCAUGGUUAUUAAAGAAGCACUGAUGACACGUGGUCGUGUCGGAGGCAUCCCAGGAGCUAAUGUGUCAGCCUGUGGCUGGGUAUGGGAAGGUGACCUGUCCAUUCAGUAUCAUUUCCAUUGGCCAUCACAGCAGAGAUUCACAUAAUUAUGGGUCAGUAUUCUCAUAUGUAGAUAGUAAAAAUUCAUAGCCAUUUAUAUUUUCUAGAUACAUAUCAUUACAUGAAAUGUAGAAGCCUGUUCAAUUUGAGAAGUGUCCAUCCUGACAGCCCUGCUUAGAACAGUGUCAGGCACUUCCAGUCUCAUUUUAAAAUCCCCCCAGAAUUAUUCAGUAUGGCUUAAAAGCCAGCAAAACAGAAGCUGGCUGUAAUCUUUCUUCACAGGAACAGCAUACAAACCUCACAAACAAACGUAAACCAAUCUCCAUGCAGAUUUUCUUUUUUUAAAUUAUUUCUUUAUCUCCUUUCCAAGGGCUGUUCGGGAUGCAGAGCCACUCAGGCCGGUGGAUGAUACAUCCAGAUGCUUGGCUUUUGCUUGCUGUUGCAGCAGUAAAAGUUAUGGGAGGUCCUACAGCAUCUGUGAGCGUUAGGAGUGAGCACUCCUGGUGCCAACUGAUGGCUGCCUCCAGUGUGACGAUGUCACUGUGUGACAGGGCAUCCCCAGUGCAUGAGGUGGCAGCUGCUGCACCCCUUAGAGGCUGUUUGCAUUGGGAGGUUCUUCUGGCAUCGUUGCUUGAAGGUGCAAGCAGUCUGCAGUUGGCUAGGCUUGAGGUGCAGUCUCAGAGUGACUGAGGCUGAGAAAUUACGUUCUGACUUAGGAAAAAAGCACUGAAUUUAGCCUCAGACACAGUGGGUGUUUCUGUUGGCUCGAAUCCCAGACCUACCUCCUUGAUGAGGGGUCAGAUCCUGGAUCUGCCUCCUUUGUGAGAAUGUGCAAAACCCCUGAGUCCUUCCAGACGAAUUUCACAUAAACCUCUCGUGUAGAAUGAGGUGGUCGUGGUGAGGGGCAAUUUAAAUGCUGAUACAACAUCAAGGGUAACAAAUUGUGAUGUAGGAAAUGAAUGUAAGUUUCUGAGUGCAUGGACCCCAGUCUUUCCUCCAUCUCCUAAAUUUCUGUGUUUCCUGGGCAAAUAAUUCGAAAUUUCUCCUUUGGUUGUGUGCCCACAAAGGGCAGCACUCAGAGUCACAGACCACAUCUGAUAAGCGUGGUUCUGUGUGGCUCUCCAUUGACAAAAUACCUCCAAAGGGUGUUGGGAGGACUGGCUUCUGUUUGCACAGUGUGUUUAAAAUAAAGAGAACUCUACAAAUACUAAAUAUAAUAAUUAUUUCAUCGGAGAAUUGCUUGUAGUCCUUGUGUUAAGAACUGCACUGAUGAAGUGAGGGCCAGCCAUCGUGCAAGGGGUCAUCAGCACGCUGUGAGCCCAAGGAGGCAGGAGAAACCAGGCACAAGUGGGGCCUGAAGCAGUGAGGCGUUGUGAUCUGUCCAGCUAGAUGAGUUUCUCUGCACGCAUAUUUCCCAGUCACUAGAAGGAUUUAUUUCUUUGAAGGGCGUUUUGAAGAAAAGCUGUGUGCUUUGCUGCAAAGCUGUGCGUUCUGACUUUGUGUCUGCGCCUUCUGGUUGUUUCUGCUGUGGGUGCUGGGCAGAGCCUCCAGGCUCCCUGGGUUCUGUGCUAUCUAAAAGUCCUUGCAUUCCCCGUGUGGAACAACCUGGGGAUACAAAAGGAGUUGGUGAGCCCCAGUCUGUCCCAGCAGCAGGAGCUGUGCUGGGCUGGUGGUGCACCAGCAACAUCCAUGGCUUUGUGUCAGCGCUGCUUCUGCAACUCUUGGUCACUUUCAUCAAGAACCGCUGCUCCAACAGUUACCAGCCCUGUUUAUUUCUCUUCUCCACAUUCAGGCCAGCUUGGUAAGUGGGCACUGAGGAACAUUUGGGGCACACAGUUCCUGGGGGGAGCAUUGGGAUUGUGGUGGGCUUUGGUGAAGUGGGGGGAUGGCACAAGGCAUGGCAGCCUGCAGCCUUGCUUAGCAGCGCUCCUGGAUGAGGGCAGGGAUUGACUUCAAUUUACAAAGGUAGACUGUGGAUAAAGAAUUGCACAUUUUAAAUGUUGUAACAGUUAUUAAAUGGCAUCCUGGUACUCUUUGCUGUACAUUUAAAUUUAAAUAUUUAUACAUUUUUGUAGAAUUAAAAUAUACUGGUUUAGUUUUCUUCUGGUG